AUGCAAGAAACUUAUUCGAUAAGAAAAUUUUCCGAGAACUCCACUGUAAAAAGACCAAAGGAAAUCGGCUCGUUUUCUAGAGACAUUGAGAACAGAAUUCAUAUUGAUGAUUCACAACUAAGUUAUUAUUAUUUACCUGAUGGUGAUUUGGAUGGGAACCCGGGAAUCAAUUUGGGAGCUGGACUUGCUUCCUUCAGAAAGAACCCAAAAGUGGAUUACGGAGAUUUCGCAGGGCUGUUGGGAAGCAUAAUGAAAUAUGAGCAAGAACAUGGUAAGAAAGUAAAUGCAAAGAUUAUUUCUUGGAGAGGGUUAAUGAAAAAGCUGAUGCUGUUACCAUAUGAUAACAGAGAAAGAUUCAUUUUCAAUAUUGUUGUUUUUGAUGGGCAACUAUUUAUCCAAUCAGAUUUUGAGUUCAGGAAGUAUUGUGAAGAGCAAGAUGAAGAGAGUUUGAAUGAUAUCCAAAGAAAAUUUAUAUACUCGGGCUACAAAUUUGAAACAAUUGCAACGUUACCAAAACCUUGGGCAGAAUGUACCAGAAAGGAAAUAGAAAAGAGAAACAAGUUAGAAGUUAAUAACAUUGAGCAAUAUUGUUCUGUUGUAAGGACUACCAUUGGGUCUACAUCAUUGGUCUUAGGCGCUGAGGUGGAUUGUGUUUAUGAUUACAAACCUUGUGAUGGAAGUGAUCCAUUGGCACAUUACGUUGAACUGAAAACUACCGGACCUUUAAAUGAUCCAACUAAGGUUGCUAAUUUUGAGAAUAAAUUGUUAUCAACAUGGGCACAAUGUUUUCUUGUGGGUAUUCCUAGAAUUAUAUAUGCAUUUAGAGAUGGUUCCUUACAAGUCCGUAGCAUCGAAGAGUUUAAAACAGAAGAAAUUCCACUUUUGAUAAAAAAUAAUCCAAUAAAUGUUCAAAAACACAAGCAAAACCCAAACUUAAAGGUGGUCAAUAAAUCUAUGCAGUCAAUCAAGUAUCUAAGUGGCAUCUUACAGUGGCUAGAACAAAGCAUCGACAUCAAUGAUGAGAGCAAAACAUACACUUUGGAAUUCAAUCCUUCAAAGAACAGUAUGUUUGUCACAUUGUCACCAAAUCCCGAAGACAUUACGACAAAGUUAUUAUCACCAUACAACGAGGAGAAGGGAGGAAUGCUCACCGAAGAGUUUAAAGCAUGGAGGAAGGAGUUGAAGGGGAAGAAGUAA